AUGACUUGGGCAAUGGCAGAACUGGCUAAAAAUCCAGAAGCAAUGAAGAAAGUUCAAGGAGAGAUUAGAAGUCACGUGGGAUCGAAGGGAAAGGUAGAAGAAUCAGACCUUGAAAACUUCCAAUACUUAAAAAUGGUAGUUAAAGAAACUCUAAGGUUGCAUCCAACAGAUCCAUUUAUUGCAAGACAAACCAUGAAGCACAACAACAUUUAUGGUUAUGACAUAUACCCCAAGACAUGGGUCUUAAUAAAUACAUGGGCGAUGGGGAGAGAUCCAAAGUAUUGGCAAAAUCCAGAAGAAUUCUUGCCAGAAAGGUUUAAGAAUAGCUCUAUUGAUUUUGUCGAAAAUCAUAAUUUGGAAUACAUACCUUUUGGAGGAGGUCGAAGGAUCUGUCCUGGAUUGAAUAUGGGAGUUGUGUUAACAGAGCUCGUUCUCGCCAAUUUAUUGUGCACUUUCGACUGGGAAUUGCCAAAAGGAUUGAAGACGGAAGAUCUAAACAUGGACGAGUCAUUAGGGAGUAGAUAUGACCCAUUUGAGCUUGUAACCCAUCAAGCAUGUGUUUAA